UUUCCUCUGUUUAAAUAUCAAACCUCUUGGGAGCAAGGAGUUUCUUUAUAGUUGACUCAAAGAAAAUGUAAAAAAGGUGGCACAAGAGAAAGUACGGAUAAAGCAUCUUGGGUUACGACGUAAAUUUUCAACUAAGGCGGAUCGGGGAAAAUGUGGUUGCUUCACCUGGGUGCUGAGUCUGCAAUAUUCUCCAGUUGGCCUAUUUUCAGUGCAAGUAUAUUUGUAGCUGUUGCGGUGGUGCUCUCCAUGUAUCUUAUCUUUGAGCAUUUAGCUGCUUAUAAUCAGCCAGAGGAGCAGAAGUUUCUAAUUGGUCUCGUUCUGAUGGUUCCUGUUUAUGCACUAGAAUCGUUUUUGUCACUUUUAAACUCAGAUGCUGCCUUCAACUGUGAAGUUAUUCGGGAUUGCUAUGAGGCUUUUGCACUAUAUUGCUUUGAGAGAUACCUGAUAGCCUGCUUAGGUGGUGAGGAAAAGACAAUUGAGUUUAUGGAAAAUCAAGGGCUUAUUGAUUUCAACACACCUCUUUUGAAAGAAGCAUAUACUUAUGGAGUUGUAGAACAUCCUUUUCCACUAAAUUUUGUCCUAAGAGAUUGGUAUCUUGGUCCUAACUUCUAUAAUGCUGUGAAAAUUGGCAUUGUUCAAUAUAUGAUACUGAAGAUGAUCUGUGCACUGCUGGCAAUGAUUCUAGAAGCUUUUGGGGUAUAUGGAGAAGGGAAGUUUGAAUGGAGAUACGGCUAUCCAUACUUGGCAGUUGUUCUUAAUUUCAGUCAGACAUGGGCUCUAUAUUGCCUUUUACAGUUCUAUACCAUUAUUAAAGAUAAAUUGGAACCAAUUAAACCCCUGGCAAAGUUUCUGACUUUCAAAUCAAUUGUAUUCCUGACAUGGUGGCAAGGCAUUGCUAUCGCAUUUCUUUUCUCGAUGGGAGUUUUUAAAGGGUCUUUGGCUCAGGAACUAAAAACGCGGAUACAAGACUACAUCAUCUGUAUUGAGAUGGGUGUUGCUGCCGUGGUUCACCUGUAUGUCUUCCCAGCAGUGCCUUACAAAAGGGGAGAACGAUGUGUUCGUAAUGUAGCAGUUAUGGCAAACUAUGCGUCAUUAGAUGCACCUCCUGAUCCAGAGGAGGUUCAAGACAGCGAAAGAUCAACUAUAAUCCGCCUGGUUCGGCAUGAUGAGCAAGAAAAACGUUUGAAUUUACCCCAGAGUGUCUGUGAUGUGGUUGUUGGGAGUGGUGGAAUUAUUGUUGAUGACAUGAAGUACACAGUAUCACAUGUAGUAGAACCCGUUGAAAGGGGAAUUGCAAAAAUAAAUGAAACCUUCCAUCAGAUAUCCGAAAAUGCGAAACGUUAUGAGGAGCAGAGGAGGAGCAGUAAGGAUGAUAGUUAUCUUAUCCCCUUGAACUCAUGGACUAGAGAGUUUUCUGAAGUUAAUGAAAAUCUUGUUGAAGGUAGCAUCAGUGAUAGUGGUCUGUCUAAUGGGAAAAGACAGCAUCACCGGUCAAAAGCCUCAGCAUCUCGAGCUAGAACAUUCAGAUAAUGUUCACAGCUAUACACAUGUAAAUACACUGAAUUAACUCAAUAUCGUCCACUGAGUCUGGUUCUUUUGACGCUCAGAUGUAACACAAGAAGGGGGUGAAGGCAGUUUAUGCAAAAGAUUUUCUUUUAGUUGGGUGAUGCCGAGUUAGAGAAGCAUUGGGCAAUGGUGGAUUGAGAGACCAGGAAAUGAUGCCGGCCAAAUUGCUAUCAUCAACUCUUUUUUAGAGCACUGAAAUUUUGACAAUUAUUCAGGAAUGUUUAAAGUUUUUCCAAUUUGAGUAUAAUAUUAUCAAAAUUUC